AUAAUUUUAAAAAGAGUGGGCUGGAGUCUUGAUCCAUACAGCAUCAUGCGAUGCCAGCCUGCUAUUGCGCGUUGGCUACUCCGUAGUCUCAACGGAGAUGUAUAUCCCAUGGGGACUGCUAAACUGCCUUUGUUUAGCCUCUCUCAAUAUGCCGUGCCAUUUAUCUCUGCGUCUGCCCUGCGCGUGUCCUCGUCUUCCACACAACCAUACUGGUAUAUGCCGGACACAGCAUGCGAUGCUCUCUGUCUCUCGUUCUGGCCGCUGGUGCCGGGAUAGCGGUCGCUGCUCCCUCUGCGCAUGAAUCUAGGGAAUCACAUCUUCGCACACGCAACAUCAUUGACGGCACGAGCAUCGCGGACUCGUACGACUUUGUGAUUGUUGGUGGGGGCUUGGCUGGGCUUGUGCUCGGUGCUCGCCUCUCAGAAGAUGCAAACCACACAGUCCUUGUCCUCGAAGCUGGUGGUGACGGAGACGAGUUUCGAGAGCGAAUAGACACACCUGCGUAUGCAUACUACGAAUCGCUCUGGCCGACUGAUCUCAAUUGGGCCUUCACAACAACGCCUCAACCUAACGCGAAUAACUCCCAGUGCCCAUGGCCGCGAGGAAAAGUCCUUGGAGGCAGCUCUGCCAUCAACGGAAUGUACCUGAAUCGACCGGGAGAAAUCGAGGUCAAUGCGUGGCAAGACAUGCUUGGAGACAUGGACGGCGCCGAGAACUGGUCUUGGGACUCUAUGUUCGCCGCGAUGAAGAAAAGUGAGACAUUCAGCCCGCCUGUCGACGCUUCCAUCCAACAAGAGGCUGCUAUUACUUUCAAUCCUGCAAGCCACGGCAACCAAGGGCCAAUUCACAUGUCUUACCCCGGCUUUACUAUGCCACUAGUUGGCGCGUGGUCCAGUACUGCCAACAACGCUGGCGUAGGUGACACGCAGGACCCCUAUGGUGGUGACAAUUGGGGCGCGUACGUCGCUACAUCUGCCAUUAACCCGGCCAAUUGGACGCGUUCCUACAGCCGCUCUGGCUAUCUCGAUCCGUUGCCGCCACGGUCCAACUACGACGUGGUCGCCAACGCUCAGGUCACGCGCAUCCUCUUCAACAAUACGUCAGGCGGAAACCUCACUGCACACGAAGUCGAGUACGUGCUCAACGGAGGCGGCGCGAAACUGACGGUAGGAGUCAACAAGGAGGUCAUUCUUGCCGCCGGUACCGUUGGCAGCCCAACUGUUCUGCUCUACAGCGGCGUCGGGCCUAAGGACGUCCUGGAUGCCGCAGGUGUUGACGUCGUGUCUGAACUUCCUGGUGUCGGCCAGCAUCUUCAAGAUCACAUCAGCGUCACUGUAACAUGGAGCACCGAUGCGGAGACUGCAGGCACCAUAUACGACAACAACGGGACCGAAAAGAACGACCCCGCCUUCUUGUCAUAUGUCAACAGCGCGACCGCCUAUGCGAAUUCCUCCGUACUGUUUGGCAAUGGAGUCAGCGGCCUGCAGAGCAGCAUCUUGGGCGAAAUUGACCAGUACAUUCCCGAUACGAGCUCUGACACGGGCGUCAUUUCCGGCUACAAGACGAUCUACAGUACAACCGCAAACACUAUUCUCACCAGCCCAAUCGGACUGAUAGAGCUGGUCAUCGGAUUGAGCACGGACGGUGCCAUCCAAAUCGGGGCCAACCUCCAGCAUCCAUUCAGCCACGGUCAGAUUUCCAUCAAUUCCUCUGACCCGCUGGACUAUCCGGUCAUCAACCCGAAUUAUCUGAACCAUCCUGCUGAUGUUGAGAUACUUCGCGAAGGAGUCAAACUCGCUCGCCGCCUGGGUGAAACCGAGCCGUUAGCCAGCAGCAUGACGAAAGAAACGUGGCCUGGUUCAGACGUCCAGACUGACCAGGAAUGGGAGGACUGGCUCCGCGGAGAGGUGUUCACUGAAUUUCAUCCGUCCUCGACAUGUGCGAUGCUGCCUCUCGAGCAAGGCGGUGUGGUCGAUGCAAACCUCCGAGUCUACGGCCUCUCGAACGUCCGUGUCGCCGACGCCAGCGUUCCACCCAUGUCCUUCUCAGCUCAUCUUAUGAGCUCCACCUAUGGACUGGCCGAACAGGCAAGUACCAUUAUCCGCGAUUUCUACAAUCAACCUGCAACGUCGACGAAGCACCACAACUCGACGACGAACAGCACUACCUCGAACAACAAUCGAACUUCAAGUAACGGCAAUGGAACUGCCAUCCUGAACACCACGAACGUCCCUCCCACAAUCAAUGCCAGCACGUCGACACCCAGUGCGAACAGCAAUGGUGCUACUUCUUUGGGCUGCUGGCCCCUUUCGAGUACCGUGGCCUUGCUGUGCCUGGCCAUUAAAUUUCUUCUUUGAUGACGCAGAUAUAUACCUAUACCUAUGCAUAUAGACAGGUGUUCACGACGGGUCCGGGAAUAGCCUUGAGAUAAUCAUAAUCUUUAAUUCUUCAAACUCGAUUCUCGACAGGGAGGAGUCUGGCAUUGCACGACAUCGUUCCAAUAAUGAUUUUGUAACGCGAGAAUUGAUGUCAACGGGCAUAGCCAUGUUCAGUCAGGUCUUAAAGGUGGAGUCGGACUCGGUGGACG